CUCUCUUCUCCCUCUCUCUCUCUUCUCCUUCUUCUUCUUCGUUCUCCUCCCUUUCUCACUCUAAUUAACCCACUUCUGCAUUUUUCUAGAGAGAGAAACUAAAACAUGAAUACUCUCUUCCUCUGUACUAGUCCAUAAUCUUAACCAUCAAAUCUCUUAUCACCACUCUUCAAAUCGUACAACUCCUCCUCCGUUUGUGUUUCAUCGAUUUAGCAGGAGCAGGCUCCAUCGAUCAUCAACUUCUUCUUCAUCGUAUCACACAGAGCCACCACCAUGAGCCUCAGCCACAGCCAUAGCCACGACGAGACCACCACCACCACGGCGACAACCGCGAAGCUCGACGACGGCCACGAGCUCGACAUGGUGAUGCCGGGCUUCCGAUUUCACCCCACAGAAGAAGAACUCGUGGAGUUCUAUCUUCGCCGUAAGGUUGAGGGAAAGCGAUUCAACGUUGAGCUCAUUACUUUUCUUGAUCUUUAUCGCUAUGACCCCUGGGAGCUUCCAGCCAUGGCGGCGAUUGGUGAGAAGGAAUGGUACUUUUAUGUUCCGAGAGAUCGGAAGUAUCGCAACGGCGAUCGGCCGAACCGCGUAACGAAGACGGGGUACUGGAAAGCCACCGGAGCUGAUAGAAUGAUCAGAACUGAGAAUUUCAAGUCAAUUGGGCUCAAGAAAACCCUAGUUUUCUACUCUGGUAAAGCUCCCAAAGGUAUCAGAACCAGUUGGAUCAUGAACGAAUAUCGCUUGCCUCACCAUGACACUGAACGAUACCAAAAGGCUGAGAUAUCACUGUGUCGAGUGUACAAAAGACCAGGAGUCGAAGACCAUCCUUCACUUCCUCGUUGUCUGCCAACCAGGCCAUCUUCUUCCCCCAGAGCUUCUUCACAUUCUUCAGACAAGAGCAUCAGUAAGCAGCACAACAACGAAACGUUUCAUCAUCAACAUCAUCAGAUCAACAACAUAGAAUUUGGGGGACAAAGUACGAUGAUGAAUAACUUUAAUCAUCAUCAUCAUCGAAUGCAGGAUCAGUUUGGAAAAACCUCCUCUUCAGAUAAUAAUAUCAAUCAAGGGGUCUCAAUAUCUCUUGGGCUUUCCAAACAAAGCAACCCUCCUUUUACUUACCCUAAUAAUUCUUCCUCAGCUCCAACAAUGGUUCCUCCAUUUCCACUCAUUGAGGACGAAGAGUUACUGAUGCUCACAAAUAUGCAGCCACUGAUAAUGAAGCAAGCUCAAGCUUCUUCCUCCUUCUUCCUCACACCGCCACCUGGUAACAAUAACAACAAUUCUUCUUCUUCAGCUUCUUCGCCAAAUGUCAUGGAGGAUCUCAACAGGCUGUUGAGUUAUAAUCAGCUGCAACAAUACUUCAACGUUAACAAUGCUCCAAGCCAUCAUCAUCAUCAACAACAACAAUUCUCUAAUUUGCUGGUUCAACCUCAUCAACCAACGGCUGUGAUGAUGAGUUCUUCGUCGGCCUUACCAACUUCUUCGCUUCCAUUAACGACGACGACAACCACCACCACGACGACCUUCUCAGAUAAUAAUAAACUGUGGGAGUGGAAUCUCAUCCCUGAGCCAAGUAAUAACAGAGAGUACAGCAACAUGUCCUUCAAGUAAUUAUAUUCUCACUUUAUUAUAUAUUAUUAUUAUUAUUAUUAUUCUCUCUGCAUUUGUGAUAGUAUAAUAAUGAUGACGAUAAUAAUUAACCUCCUGCACAUACAUUAUUUAUAUGCUUUGGAGAUUAGAGACACUAUUUAGUAUGAUCUACUUACUAUUAUGUGUUAAAUAAUUACUUCAAGUGUAUUAACAUUAUGUGUAGCACAAAACAUUAGGGCUUUAAAUGUUAGGUGUUUAUUUUUAUUUUUUAAUUAAUAAUUCGUGUAUAGUCAUAUGCAUGAUAUUAAUUGUUUCAAUUAGCAGUUAAUAAUAGAACUGUGUUAGACUCAAA